ACCAUGUUUCCUCGAUUUUAGCGCACUAUUGACUUCUGCCUGCGAGUCUGUAUAUGAGUGUGCACAAGCGAGAGAGAGAGAGAGAGAGAGAGAGAGAGAGAGAGAGAGGCGGACUUUUAUGUCGUAUUGUGUCUGUCUUGGAGAAGAGGUGGAAGACGUAGUAGUGGAGUUUGGUGGCUUUGGUGGUCACGAUGCUAAGAACUUGUUUGAGCUUCAAGUAAGUAAGAGAUCUUGUUCCAUUCUCCUACUGCGGUGGGUUCUCACAACCUCGCUCUCCCUAGAAGAAGGUGCCACCACACUGCCUCGAGUCACGACUACCUGAAUUCUGUAGAUUUCCGAAGAUUGUGAAGUAGGUGGUCAACGACUCAACGUGUCUCGUCUCUGCGGGUAGGCCCUGAAAGUGGCCACGGCCUCACUCAACCGUGACGACGAGCUUUUCUUGAGGUAAGUGGUACACAACUGUUCAGUGUUGCUUCUUCCUAGAGGACAUCGUAAUCGGGACUGAUGAUUGAUCGAAACGUCGAUAGGUUUCUUUAUAAUGCAGCCUGCCAGGACUGUGUUGUCGAACUAUGGCUUCUCUCCAGACUCGGACAAAGGCGUACUCGUGCGAGGGACACUGAUGGGCAGUAACGAGGACGAGGACGGCAAACAUCUACUACCGUCUUCACCGGUCAAUACAACGGCCGGUCAUUAUAGCUGUAUUUGGGCCACCUUCCCGUCUAGAUACGGCGAUAAUGACAGGGCGCGUUCUAUUCGGGUGAAGACGGUAGUGAAAGAAGAGAACUGUGGACAUGCUCCAGUUCUGACUUGUCGCUUUGAACGUUGAAGUAGAGUACUUUCUAGUGGGCGGCGUGUAGUUUCCAGUUCGUCACGGUCGCAACGACGGCGGCCGCAAACUUAUUGCCUCUCAUAAGGGGAAAGAGGGGCAUUGGGAAAACCAUAGCGAGGGGAAGAGGGGCAUUGGGAAAACCAGAGCGAGGAUAAGGAGGGGGAGGAAGAGUAGAGCAAGGUUUACGGCAGGGAGAGGAUGUGCAGCGGCCGGCCAGCCUAUUGACGAUACAAGCGAUUCUCCUGUUGUACUAUGGGAAGAUCCUUUUCAUUGAUAAACAAAAGGAAACAAG